GCGCGCUGGCUCCGCAAAAGUGCUUCUGGCCUUUCGCCCUUCAAACAUGGACAGUUUUAUCUGGAAAGGAGUUUGACACAUGGACACGACACUAUCUGUACUUUCGCAAUGUCCGAUUUCUGAGAGUUCAUGUUGUCUGACCAGAAGAAACUGAGAUUUGGAGAUAUAUUCUCUCUGUAUCGCUGAAUCGUUACAUAUUGCGGGAUAAACGUAAUUGUAAUUUCCGAUUGAGCCGACAUGCAGCGUUUACCGUGAAUACUGUCUCCGCUAAAGCGGGAACAUUACCUUGACUUUUCAAUCACGCUGUAAAUCUGAACUUCCGCGAUACGGAUUGAAUAGAGCCCGUUGGGACUAUGUGUGUGUGUGUGUGUGUGUGUGUGUGUGUGUGUGCGUGCGUGUGAGAGAGAGAGAGAGAGGGGGUGGUCCAUUUAGUUGAUGCCUGGGGUGUAAGGACAAAUUCAUGUAGUUCCCUCCCCGUUUCGUCGUUUGAAACGUUUCUGCAACAGAUCUGGUGAUGUCUUCGCUUCUGUUAUUUUAUUAAAACACAGAAGGUGGUCUGAUCUAUUUCAGUUAUGUAAAUCAACAGCUGCUCAUAACGGCAGUCCAGACUCAGGCCAGCGGAGAGGUAGUCUGGAGAGCUUGGACGGGAACAGGGACAACUUGUAUAACGUUUUUUUCUGCGUUUCAAAUGAGUGUUAAUUUAUGUCUGAAAGGGAGCAGCUUUAUAAUCUGGUCUACUGAUAUGGUGUGAUUGGAUUUACCGACACAGAGAGAUGUCUCGUAUUAAAGAAGCGUAAAGAUGCCAUCGUUGAUCAGGCUGGCGGUUCUCCUGUCUGCGCUGACAGUCCACUGCUUUCUGGACGGGACCUGUCCACGGAGAGACCCCCCUCCCAGGGUGCUGGUUGUGUCCCCAGGCAGCGUUCUGGUCUUGGCCUGUAGUGGUCAGGUGGAGGUGAACGGGCUGGAGGUGAUGGUUAACAGGGCCAAACACACCAGCACCACCGCUGGAAAUGGAAAAUACACCAGUGUCAUUACCGGAGUACACCCCACCACUGUCAGCACCACAACAAACACCACAUCUAACGGAACCCCUGUCAGCACCACAACAAACACCACAUCUAACGGAACCACUGUCGGCACCACAACAAACACCACAUCUAACGGAACCACUGUCAGCACCACAACAGACACCACAUCUAACGGAACCACUGUCAGCACCACAACAGACACCACAUCUAACGGAACCACUGUCAGCACCACAACAGACACCAAAUCUAACAGAACCACAACAAACACUACAUCUAACGGAACCACUGUCAGCACCACAUCUAACGGAACCACUGUCAGCACCACAACAGACACCACAUCUAACGGAACCACUGUCAGCACCACAUCUAACGGAACCCCUGUCAGCACCACAUCUAACGGAACCCCUGUCAGCACCACAACAGACACCACAUCUAACGGAACCACUGUCAGCACCACAUCUAACGGAACCACUGUCAGCACCACAACAGACAGUGAUAAUGGAACUACAGUCAGUGCUAUAAAAGACGGCAGUGAUAAUGGAACUACAGUCAGUGCUAUAAAAGACGGCAGUGAUAAUGGAACUACAGUCAGUGCUAUAAAAGACGGUAGUGAUAAUGGAACUACAGUCAGUGCUAUAAAAGACGGCAGUGAUAAUGGAACUACAGUCAGUGCUAUAAAAGACGGCAGUGAUAAUGGAACUACAGUCAGUGCUAUAAAAGACGGCAGUGAUAAUGGAACUACAGUCAGUGCUAUAAAAGACGGCAGUGAUAAUGGAACUACAGUCAGUGCUAUAAAAGACGGUAGUGAUAAUGGAACUACAGUCAGUGCUAUAAAAGACGGCAGUGAUAAUGGAACUACAGUCAGUGCUAUAAAAGACGGCAGUGAUAAUGGAACUACAGUCAGUGCUAUAAAAGACGGCAGUGAUAAUGGAACUACAGUCAGUGCUAUAAAAGACGGCAGUGAUAAUGGAACUACAGUCAGUGCUAUAAAAGACGGUAGUGAUAAUGGAACUACAGUCAGUGCUAUAAAAGACGGCAGUGAUAAUGGAAUAGACACAUUUUCUACUAGAAAGGACACUAUUGUCCUUACCGUAACAGACACUCCUGUCACAGAUGAUACCGGGACAGACAGUAAGAAGAAACCCGUCAUCAGGAACACUCGUGCAGGAAACCACACUCUUACUGUGAGAGAAGUUAACAAAGGGAAUGGAGAGAAUGAGGAAGAUGAAACAGAGGAGGAGCACAAAGGAGGAGGAGAGCAGAGGGAUACAGGGCGGAGUCUUUUCACUGUCAAUCAACCAGGACAUACAGAUACACAGAAACUAUUUCCUCUUACUGGGACAUCGCUCCAACCAACCAGAGACAGCGGAGUGGGAGGGGCUGACACUGAGCUGUCCUCUAAUCGGUGGACUGAUGCGAUGGACAGUGAGCAUGACUAUGAGGAGGGGGGGGGGGGGAUGGUGAGGGGGCUGAGAGGGAGGUCUCAGUGGAGACUGAACGGGAGGCCGCUGAGAGGAGGAGAGGAAAGAGGAGGAGUAGUGGUGUUAGGGAGGAGAGGCGCCACUCUGACCCUGCCCUACCUGGCGGUGGGUGACUCUGGGAACUACAGCUGCCACCGCGGGGGCAAACUGGUCUCCUCUCUGAGGGUGAGCGUGGCAGUUCCCCCAGAGAGGCCUAAGCUGUCCUGCUAUAAGAGGUCACCCAGCAGUAAGAUCCGCUGUGAUUGGACAGCCAGUCAACCGGUGACUCCUGUCCCUCAGUGCUACCUCCUCCUACGGAAAGGUCUAUCAGGGUCAUUCUCUCGUGUCAACUGUUCCUACUCCGCUCUGCUGUCUCGGUGUUGGUGUGCUAUAGGUCAUCAAGAGAAGGAAAGUAGAGAGCCACACCUGGCCUACCUGUGUGUCACCAACACUGCUGGCAACACCACCAGCCCUCUCCUAGACUUCACACCUCUGGACAUUAUUAAUCCAGACCCCCCCAGCUCAGUGGUGGUGAGGGGUGUGGAGGGGCAGGAGAGGAGACUGAGGGUGGGCUGGGCUGUUCCUCACUCCUGGAAAGAGAGAGACCGCUAUCACGAGCUGCUUUAUGAGCUCAGAUAUCACACCAUGCCACACGGAACACAGAUAAAAGGGACCACCACAGCCCGGUUCUACACUAUAACAGAUGCGUUGCCAGGAGUACAGUACCUGAUCCAACUCAGAGCUAAGGAAGAGUUUGAUGGCCACUGGAGUGAAUGGAGCACGGCUGUCUACGCCAACACCUGGACAGCCCCUGUGCCAACUGCGUUCAGCGAUCUUUCUACUGUUAUGCAGGACUACACAGACGACACAGAUUCUGGCUCUGGUAUGACAGAAGAGACAUCAGUCUCUGAGUCUCGGGGUGAUGUGGAGGUGUGGCCUCAUGUCCUGUGGGUGGUUGCUUCCUGUGUGCUGCUGUCCAUCACUCUGUUGUCCACCUACCUCUACAGACACAGGGAGAGGUUCCUGUCUAAGCUGUGGAGGUUGAGUCCCGUCUCCUCCUCUCCUGCUUGCCCCUCCCCCCCAGUCACAGUCCUGCCUACCCAGGAAGGACAUGCCCUCGUGAACUUUGACCACCCAAUCUACGGGGAACCUGUCCCACAGGAAGAAGAGAGGAAGGAGGAGGAUGAAGAGGAGGAAGAAGAGGAGAAGGGGAAAGUUAUUCGCUUUAACAACACAAGCUAUUUUCUGGUCCAGAGCAAAUGAUAUGCCUGCUCUUAAAACAAACCCCUUACCCUCUAUCCCAGGCCCUUGCCGCUAGCCCCCUGUUCCCUAGUCCAGGCUGGAGAAGCCCUGUUAUUUCACUGUUUGGAUGUGUGUAGUAUUUUGUUCUCAUUGGGGGAAAUGAGCCAGUAGAGUAAUUAUGUAAAUAUUCAUUUGUGUGUCUAUAAAAAAGUAUUGGGUUUUUGUAAAUAAUUUUGUCAGAAUGAAAUAAAUAGUUUUGAAUACAAA